AUGAUUUAUACAAUUUCACCUCUCAAUUCCUCCACCAUAAUCCGCCUUCUCUUCCGAUCAACUCUGAAAAUCGACACCAUGUGUUUGAGACCAUUACUGUUUGGAUCGCUAUCAAGACAAGUGAAGGCAAUGGCAGUUCAUCCAGCGGCCACCAUAACCACCAUACUACAUUACAGUCGUCUCCUCCCCCGGGAUCUCACCUUUGAUUUAGAGAGACACCGAUUCAUUCGCCAUGAGUUGAUUGACGAUCACACCUUCCUGUUCAAUUUCAUUGUUAAUAUCUUGUCAUGCUUCUGGUAG